CUCCAUCUCCGUAGCACUUUUUAGCCUUCUCUAUUUCUGCAAGCUACGCAUAUUCAGCGCAAUGAGCGACCACACUUUGGACUGGCUCGCCGAGAAGGCGAUAGGAUGGAGUCAUACGCCUCCAAUCAAUAAGAUUGAUACGCACCACCACAUCGUGCCGUCAUUCUAUGCCAAGGCAAUCGAAGAACAAGGGGGCGAUCCCAGUGGCUGGCCGACCCCCAAAUGGAGCUCGUUGGCGUCUAAGCUCCUGAUGAAGCGCGUUGGAGUCCAUACUGCGGUCGUCUCGGUCACAGCCCCCGGGGCAUGUAUUCUCCCAGACCGCCAUGCACGCGCUAAGCUUGCAAGGCAGUUGAAUGAGUACUCUGCCAAACUUCGCGAUGAAGACCCUCAGUCCUUCGCGUUCUUUGUCUCUCUGCCCAACAUCCUCGAUACAGAAGAUGCCCUGGCCGAGAUUGCCUACGGGUUGGACACACUCGGUGCUGAUGGGGUCACGCUCUUCACUCGGUAUGGCCACUCCAACACAUAUCUCGGCCAUCCCGAUGUCGAGCCCAUCUGGGCGGAACUUAACAGACGACGGGCCGUCGUCUUCGUCCAUCCCACGCACCCAGUCGAUACUAAUCCUAUCAACCCGAAGCUCCCGCAGCCGGCCAUCGACUAUCCCCAUGAGACAACCCGCACAGCAAUGGACAUGAUCGUCAACGGAACACGCCGCAAGUACCGGGACUGCAAGGUAAUCCUGUCGCAUGCGGGCGGAGGACUCCCCUAUAUCAUCUCGCGCGUCGCAACCCCCAUGAAAUUGGCGCCGAAUUUUGUCGUCUCGCACCGCAUGGGGACAACGCAUGCUGAAGUACUUGAGGCAUUCCGCAGCUUCCAUUUUGACCUAGCUUUAAGCUCCUCCCCGCAGGUUUUAGACAUGCUACGGGCGUUGGUGCCGUCGGAUCAUAUUCUGUAUGGGAGUGAUUUCCCAUAUGCGCCGAUAACAGCCUACCCGGCUUUCCUGGAGGAGUUGGAAGGGUAUGAGAUGGAUCAGGAACUAAGGGAUAAAAUUAACUUUGGGAAUGCGAUGAAGUUAUUUCCUCGAUUAGCGUUAUGUAAUGACGACAGGGCGUAG